AGUAGCUAGCUGGCUAUUGUUAUGAUGAAACGUAACGUUUUAACGCGUAAUUCGACUAGCUUGCUUGGCUGUUCGCUCGUCUCUAACUCCUAACCGGAGAAAGCAGUCCUUUUCCUGUUCAACUUCAUGGACAGCUAAAAUAGAGCAGGUGUUCUGCACGGAGAUCUUAUGUCAGAAUUGCAGUCGGUGUGAAACGCAGAUGUUAGGCACUUGAUAGCAGGUUGUAAAAAAAAAAAAAAAGAACAUGACCUUCACUUGCUAAAUAGAUACCUCUUGAAAACUGUGCAAGGGUUAAAGUAAUUUUAUGCAGAAUAUGUUUUUUUUUCAUCAUAAGGCUAAAUUAUCGUGGCGGUCUCCUCGACUGGAUCAUCGUUGGAGUUAAAGCUCGCUAUUUGGUUAGGUUUCUCUUGGUAUACCGAGAUGUAGCAAACUUCAACUGCCUUUUUAAAAAGACCUGAAAGACAGCGGCAUAGAAAAUGGACAGUUACGGGUUCUCCGGAGAUAUGUUCAGUGGCCGGGCGGUGCUAGGCGACGACAGCUCGGUCAUGGCCCGAAUGCAGAAGAAAUUCUGGAAGACCAAACAGGUUCUGAUUAAAGCGACGGGCAAGAAGGAGGACGAGUAUGUGGUGGCGUCUGACGCGGACCUGGAUGCUAAGCUUGAGUUUUUCCGAUCAGUGCAGGCCACGUGCACCGAGCUGCUGAAAGUGGUGGAGAAGUACCAGGAGCGAAUCACGCAUCUGUCCCAGGAGGAGAACGAGCUCGGGCUCUUCCUGCGCUUCCAGGCGGAGCACGACAAGACCAAGGCGGGAAACAUGAUGGACGCCACCAGCAGGGCCCUGUGCACCUCCGCCAAGCAGAGACUGGCGCUCUGCGCCCCCCUGCAGCGCCUGGAGCAGGAGAUGGAGACGUUUCGGCGGCGGGCCAUCACGGACACCCUGCUGACGGUGGGGCGCAUGGAGAGGUCUCGCACGGAGUACCGGGGCGCCCUGCUCUGGAUGAAGGACGUGUCCCAGGAGCUGGACCCCGACACGUACAAGCAGCUGGAGAAGUUCCGCAAGGUACAGGCACAGGUGCGGAACACUAAGGGCCAGUUUGAGAAGCUGAAGAACGACGUGUGCCAGAAGGUGGACAUGCUGGGGGCCAGCCGCUGCAACAUGCUGUCCCACUCACUCACCACGUAUCAGACCACCCUCCUGCACUUCUGGGAGAAGACCGCUCACAUGAUGUCCGGCAUCCACGUGGCCUUCCAGGGCUACGUGCCAUACCAGUUCACCACACUCAAGGAGCUGCGGGACCCCCUAGAGCAGCUGGCCGAGGGGAGGGCUCAGGAGAAGAGCCAGGAGAGCGCCGCUGAGACCCGCUCCGACAAGUUGAUAUCCCUGGACGAAGACAAACCUGGCAACUCGGUCUCAGAUGCGGGCUCCGCCCUCGGAGCGGAGGUGCAGAGCCGGGACAGCGACGGCUCCCUGUGUGCCAGUCUGGACUCCGCCCUGUGUGAGCUGACUGGCUCCCUCAGUGCCCUCGACACAGACGACGACCUCCUGCUCCCUGACCCUCCAGGGGUUCAAUCCCAUCAGCCACCUCUGCCUAACACCCUCCCUGAGCCUGAGCCCACAGCACCACCUGCUGGCCUCAUGUGGUUCAACAGCACCCCACCACCAGAGGAGCCCACACCCAUAGAGUCCCCUGGGCUGGUGGCCACAGACCUGCUGCUGGAUCCUCCUCAGCAGAAGCAGCGGGAGGAGGAUGAGGAUGGAGAGAUGAUGAUGACGAAGGGGGACCUGUCCUUCCUGCAGGACAUCCUGAGCCCGGGCCCCUCGGGGAGCAACGAGUUCAGCCGCGAGUGGCAGGACGCUUUCGGCUGCUUCGAGCCCCCGACGGCCCCGCCCCCUGCCGCCGCGGCCGCCGGCGCCCCUGCCCUCUCCCCCUCUCACCCCACCGGCUCCUCCGGCUUCCUGCCCUCCCAGCUGCUGGACCAGAGCCUCAGCUCCACAGGUUGGGCAACCCCGCCCAUGUUUCAGGCUCCGCCCCUGCAAGGCCCACAGGCUCCUGACCAGGCUCCGCCCACUCAGGGUGCUCCCAAGACUACAGCCAAUGCCCCCUCUGGACCCGCGCGGGACAUGUCCGCCUGGUUCAACCUCUUCGCCGACCUGGACCCCCUCUCCAACCCCGACGCCAUCGGCCGCUCUGACGACGAGCUGCUCAACGCCUGAGGGGGGCGCUGUGGGGCAGGCCUGCGGAAGAGCAGCGUCUGUCCCUGUUCGUGUUUUUUUCACUCUCUCUCUCGCUCUCUCUCUCUCGC